CACUGAAAAGGCAACAUCACUGCAUUAGAAGAUAUAAGAUUAUAUGACAACACUGCUUCUUGUUGGGAGUCACAAGGUUCUUUUAAUCAAAGUGUUUAGGCAUCAAAUCAUCCACUCAGAUAAAACAUGAAAACUUUGAGAUGAAUGAGGAAGUAACUAUAGUUCUGGGCAAUGAAACUUGUGAUGUUGAUUCUGCAGUGUGCUCACUAGUGUAUGCAUAUAUAAGACAGGGCCUUAGUGCUGUGUUGCAAGAAACCAAACACUAUAUACCUGUGCUUAAUAUAAAUGAAGAAGAUAAAGUACUCAAAGCUGAAGUAUUCUAUUUUCUUGAAAAAUAUGGUGUACCAGUUGACUGCUUGCAAUUUAGGGAUACAAUAGACCUCAAACAUAUCAGGUCAUCUACACAUUUGGAAGUCAUAUUAGUUGACCAGCAUACUUUAUCAGAGAGGGAUCUAUGGCUGAAGUCACAUGUGUCAGAAGUUAUUGACCAUAGACCUUUAGACCCAGACUGGGAUUGGAAGAAUACUUCGAAAACAGUUGAAUCUGUUGCAUCCUGUGCAACUUUGAUAGCAGAGAAACUUAUAAAUCAAGAUGCACUUCCAGUUCCUCGCAGUAUGCUCAUACUGUUAUAUGGUGCAAUACUUUUAGACACAUGGUGUUUUGCAGAAAAUCCCAAAUUAUAUACUGAGAAGGAUAAAAUAAUUGUGGAGGAGCUAUACAGAAAAAUCAGCUACCCAACUUUUGUGGGUCUUUUGAAGGAUGAAGAGUUAAUUGAUGGUGACCAUUUAUUUGAAGACCUUUUGUCUGUUCGUUGCAAUUUAACACACUUGACAGUACUGCAGAUACUGAAGAAAGACUUAAAAAUUUCAUGUGGAAUACCAAUUCCUGUGCUUCCUGUUCUAGUUCAGGAAUUUUUGAAAUUACAUACUAUUGAGGAACUGCAGAAGUUCACAAAAGAUUUUGAAUAUAAAGGCAUUAUCUUAAUAGGAGUAACAUUUUCAAAUGGCAGAUAUGCACAAGACAUAGCAGUAUUCUCAACAGACAAAUAUUUCUUGGACUUGAUGACAGAUACAUUGGUUACCUCAAGAGACCCUGACCUCCAGCUGAAUGAAGUGACAGUCUACGCUAACAUGGAGUAUAUAAAAGUCUUCACACAACAAAAUUUUAAAGCAACUAGGAAACAAAUUCUGCCCAUUGUGAGGGAAUUUAUGAGACAUUUCCUAAGUCCUCCAACAGAAGGUUGAGUCUCGUGCCUCCAUUAUAGGCAGGGAUGUGUGUGUUUCAUUUUGUUUUUCCAUUUAAGAACAGAUAUGUUGAUUUUCUUUUAGUAUUGCUACUAAUGCAUGUCAAAUUAGUAAUAUUGUAGAGAGACAUUGAAAGUAAAAAUUGUACUGUAAUUUGUAUCCUUAUGUACCUUAAGUGUUUUUCUUUUUCAGUGUUGUAUUGUGUUAAUGUAGUGUUACCUUGACUCUCAUCUCUCUAUGAACAAGCCUUUUUAAAAAUUUUCAUUGACUAUAGCAUCAGUGCCUUUGUGAUCCCUUAGUUUGCUAUUAUUACACAACAUAUAUAACACAGGUACAGUAAAUAUUAUCUAUGACUGCAUAAUAUUGCAGUGCUAAUAUGAAUUACGUGAUAACCAAAUGCAUUAGUUUUAAGAACUCCUGUCUGGACAUUCUUCAAUGGUUUAGAAAUAAUUGGCCAAUAGAAUGUUUUUAACUUGCUCUUGAAGUUCACUGUAAUACACAGAAUAUAUUUAAAAUUCUGUGUUAGAUUGUUAAAUACAUAUGUCCCAAUUUAUGUGAUAUUAUGUACUAAUAUUGUAACUUUGAAGACUUUGUAGAAAGUGUAUUUGGCUGUAAGAUUGUGAAAAUACUUUGUACUAUGCUUUUACAAGAGAAACACUGCAUUACUGAGUGUAUGUAUUGUUAUUGUCUGAUAGUGUUCAAAAUACCAAGCUUUCUAAAGAGUUCUCUGCAGGGCGUCAUGAGACUAUUCACAGGUUCAGUUCUCAUAGCAUUAUUCCUUUUUCAGUAAAUUUUACUUCUGUUAGUUGCAAUCUCUCUUUCUCCCUCUCUCUCUCUCUCUACCUCCCUCCUAUUCUCCCCCUCUCUCCACCUCCCUCUACCCUUACCAUCCCCUUCCCCCUCACCCUCCCACCCCAGGACAGUUUGCAUACAUGUAUGCUGAAUGAUCCAUCUUCUUUGUUUCAUCACCUACAUCUGUAAUCACACAGCUGAACUGCAUUGAGUCUAGGGUGUGUUUUUUUCCAAUUCAGGUUGUGAUUUGUCCGUAGUCCUAAUAAGAGAAUUCCAUCUACUGCCCGUAUUUUGUUGUUUGAGUAGACUACAACUAGGUGGUGCAUUUUUGUGCACAUAUAGAUCAUGUUUUGUAUUUUAAUUGAAUCUUUUUUUUAUUUAGUAUACAAUGCAUAUUCCAUCAAAUCUGACCCACUCGCUGAGUAAAUAUAAAGCAAGGAUUGCGUACAAAAAGAAGAUAACUACACAAUACACUUGAUAUGGUCACAUAUUCACAUUCUGAAAAUAAGUAAUCACAUACUUUUAUAAAACUGUUGCACACACUGUUAUAAAACUGUUGCACAUUACUUUUACUGCAGAAGAUAGAUUUGUAACAUAGGCAUUGAAAAUCAAAAUUAAAGAGAACAUGAAACUUCUUAUCUGAUUAUUAGUAGCAUGCUGGAGCACACUAUCCACCCAAGUGUUAACAGAACCGUGUGUGAUCCAUUGUGCACAUAUAAGUUACUUAUUUAUGACUGAUAAGUAACCAUCGAUAAGAUGAAACAUACAGAAAGGAAGGUCAUCGUUUCUAUACAGCAACAACAUACUCAAAAUUCUUUGUUAUUACUACACAUCACAUACCAAAUUUAAUCACAUAUUUACCCACUG